AUGACCAUCACACUUGACUUGGAAGCGUCGACCUCCGACGCCCCGGCCAGGAGAACAUUGGCCAACCUGUCCCUCGCCGUGGCUAAAUGCAAGAAGAUCGUUGUCGUCACCGGCGCGGGCAUUUCGUGCUCCUGCGGCAUCCCAGAUUUCCGAUCUUCCGACGGCCUGUAUGCACUCGUGAAGCAACAGUACCCUGACGUCGUGAUGAAGGGACGCGACCUCUUCGACGCGUCUCUCUUCCGCGACCCCACAUCUACCGCCGUGUUUUACACGUUCAUCUCGCAGCUCAAGAAGUCUGUCGACGCGGCGACCCCAUCAUCCACACACCGCUUCAUCAAGACCCUCGAUUCUAAGAAGAAGCUACUGCGUUCCUACACUCAGAAUAUCGAUGGCCUAGAGGAGCGGGUUGGUCUUGUCAGCACGUCAAGCCAGGAAGUAAAGUCGCAUGGCAAAGGCAAGGCGAAGGUCAAAGCCAAGGACGUGCGCAACGUCCAGCUACACGGGGACAUCCACCGUGUCCGGUGCACCUUCUGCUCGGCGGACUUCCCGUGUACACAAGAGCACCUGGACAAUUUUCUCGUCGGCACCCCGCCCGACUGCCCGGACUGUGCUGCACGAUCCUCCGCUCGCGUUGCGCGUUCAGCGCGUGCGCUCAAGGUCGGCACGCUGCGCCCGGCUAUCGUGCUCUACGACGAGCCACAUCCGCUCGGGGACGACAUCGGUAGCAUGCACAGCGCGGACAUCACGCGCAAGCCCGAUAUGCUCAUCAUCAUGGGCACCUCGCUGAAGGUGCACGGCUUCAAGAAGCUCGUGAAGGACUUCGCGCGCGCGGUGCACGAGUCAGCCCCAUCCCCCGCGGUCUCUCCGCCGAAGAAGAACGCGAAGAGCUUCGCCGGGAAGGUGAUCUUCGUCAACAAGACCGCUCCCGGCAGCGAGUGGGAUGGCAUUAUCGAUUACCACGUCGCCGGGGAGACGGAUCGGUGGGUGGAGAAGGUCAUCGAGGACUGGAAGAAGGCACGGCCGUCAGACUGGGAGGUGCAGAAGACCCUCGUCGCGGCUGGCGAGUCGAGCACGGCGGGCACCUUCCACGUCGCCAAAGAAAUCACGAACACGGUCGGCCUCAAGGGCAAAGGUACGUCCCCUCGCGCGCAACAUCGUUGGCGACGCUGA